ACUAAUUAGCUAGUUGGUACUCACUCAUUAGUCCUUGUUCAGCUAGUGUUAUUGUAAAAGCCAUCGUCAGAAAGGUGUCUUUGGAAAUAUACUAUUGCAAUUUGAUUAUUUUGAAAUUCGUUGGAUAAAUAAUUUAAGAGAAUACCAAGUUCAACUAUAAUAUUAACAAUAAAACCAUUGUCAUGAUGAAAUUCAAUACAGGAAAGUGCUUAAUAAAAACUUAUACCCGACGAUCUAUAUCAACAACUUCAACUAUGAGAGAUGUUUUCAUUGUCAGUGCUACUAGAACUCCAAUUGGAUCUUUUGGUGGAUCAUUGAAGAGUCUUUCUGCUACUAAACUAGGUGCUAUAGCUAUACAGGCUGCUGUAGAGCGAUCCGGAAUUUCAAAAGAUGAAAUUCAGGAAGUUUUUAUGGGAAAUGUAUGUCAAGGUGGUGUUGGGCAAGCGCCAGCAAGGCAAGCAACAAUAUUUGCUGGAUUACCUAAAUCAACUAUAUGUACAACAAUAAAUAAAGUUUGUGCUUCUGGUAUGAAAUCUGUCAUGCUAGCUUCUCAGAGUCUUAUUUGUGGUCAUCAACAAAUAGUGGUUGCUGGUGGCAUGGAAUCUAUGUCUAAUGUACCAUAUUAUCUAGCAAGAGGAGAUACAAAAUAUGGUGGUGUGAAUUUAUCUGAUGGGAUUGUGUUUGAUGGCUUAACUGAUGUAUACAAUAAAGUUCACAUGGGCAGUUGUGCUGAAAAUACUGCUAAACAAUGUGGUAUAAGUAGAGUACAGCAAGAUGAUUUUGCUUUAAGCAGUUACAAAAAAAGUGCUGAUGCGUGGAAACAGGGACUCUUUGCUCAAGAAAUUGUUCCAGUCAAUGUUCCYCAAAAAAAAGGCAAACCUGAUAUUAUUGUUUCUGAAGAUGAAGAAUUUAAAAGAAUAGAUUAUGAAAAGUUUAAAAAAUUGAAUACAGUUUUUCAAAAAGAAAAUGGAACAGUUACUGCUGGAAAUGCAUCAACGAUUAAUGAUGGGGCUGCAGCUUUAGUUUUGACAAAUGAAAAUGUUGUAAAAGAAUUAAAUUUGAAACCUUUAGCCAGAGUAGUUGCAUUUCAAGAUGGUGCUACUGACCCUAUUGAUUUUCCAAUUGCUCCAUCAUUUGCUAUACCCAAAUUGCUUAGUAAAAGUGGUGUAUCUAAAGAUGACAUUGCUUUAUGGGAAAUAAAUGAAGCGUUCAGUGUAGUURUCUUAGCUAAUAUAAUGAAAUUAGACCUCGACCCAUCUAAAAUUAAUGUACAUGGUGGAGCUGUUAGCUUAGGUCAUCCAAUUGGGAUGUCUGGUGCCAGAAUUGUGGUUCAUUUGGCUCAUGCAUUAAAACCAGGACAAAAAGGUGUAGCUUCCAUUUGUAAUGGUGGUGGUGGAGCAUCAUCAAUUCUUAUUGAACGGUUAUAAUUCUUUAUAUAAUGGAUAAGAAAUAUUUUUACUUAACAAAUCUUAUUAUUUAUUAUUUAAUUAUUGCAGUGUCAUAUGAGUUAAGACUGCAGUUACUUUUUUUUCAUAAAUAUAUUUAAUUAAAAUGAUUAUUAUAUUUUUAAACUUAUAUGAA